GUGUUGCAGGAUAUCACCAAUCUUCAGCCGGACCUGUUCUCCACCCUGCCCUUGUAGUCCAGGCGGGACAGAACGUCUCGCUGACCUGUAACAUGACGUCGUGCGCGGAGUUCACCUGGUACGUUGUGCGCUCCAAUCAGCUGCUGCCUCUGCUGACGGUCACAGAAUCGAAACUGAAAGAAAUUACUGUGUACUUCAAUGUGGCAGUAAGUCGCUUCGGCACAAGUGGGGAAAUGGAGAGCGGCACGCUGACUCUGCACAUCCUCCAGGCAGAGGAGCAGGACGCCGGGCUUUAUUUCUUCUCUGGACGCUGCUUCGGAGCUACUCAUGUUAACAGAGGGAUGCAUCUCGUUGUUGAUGGAGUGGACGGGCUGUCAGCAGGGCAGCCAUGUUGGAGUGUGUGGAUGUGGGUUCUUCCUGCUGGACUAAUCCUCGGCUGCAUCCUCAUCGCUGGACUUUGCUGGUGCACAGGUAAACCGGCUGUUCGCUGCUGUUGUCCAACGAGUCAAAAGGUCACAGAGGAAGUGUCUAUGCACUAUUCCAGUCUGAAGCAUGCAGACAAGCCCCGCCCUACUGGCCAAGGAGGAUCAGGAUUGGCGGAGGAGAACGUCAUAUACUCAGCGGUGUUUAGUCGCAAAAACCUGAACAGAUAACUUGACUGCAGAUGGAACGGCUUUUGUUUCAGUAUAGAGCCUUGGGGAAAAUACUAAAUUUGUGUAAAUAUCCUGGGAGCUAGCUUCGUCCUGGUUCCUACAACUUGAAGCCAAUAGGAUUGUUCUUUUGAAUGAUAUGUUAUUUCAGAAAACCACGGAGCCCUGAAGGAUUCAUAGAGAAAAAAAUAAAAUAAAACGAGGCCACAUUUUAUUAAUUUGUGCGCACAAGAUGUAAUUCGUGUGCACGAGAUGUAAUUUGUGUGCACAAGAUGUCAUUUGUGUGCACGAGAUGUAAUUCGUGGCCUCAAUUUAAAUAAAACGAGGCCACACUUUAUUAAUUCGUGCGCACGACAUACUUUCUCGUUCACACAAGAUACUUUCUCGUUCGCACGACAAAUUUACCGGUGCACCAAGUAGGAAGUGGAGCGCACAGGAAACAACCGUUUCAUUGCAGACUGUUAUGUUUAUGUGGGAAAAAAAUUAGGGAUAUUUCGGCCCGAGGUGAUGAGCUAUUUGUUUAAGCACCGGAUUCGCAAAACAGGAGAGUCUGUGAACCAGUCUGCUUUGAUCUAUGAAUUCUUAUCCGUGACUCUCACAGUAUCUGCUAUGCGCAGAGAGCUGUGCCUUUUACGCAGCGCCUUCACUGUGUUUACCUCCAUUAGAACAGUUCGAUGUGUCUAACCAUAUUUCUGAGACAAAUCUAUGCCCAUACCAUGCUUACGGUGAAUACGAGAGGAGAAGAAUAAACAUGUACUCCCAGACAAUUGCAGCUGUUCAAGCGUAUUAUGAGUAUGAUCCUGAAUCUGACACUGAAGUACACAGUUUGACUACCUUAGACAUCUUGUUCGUAAGAGCAGGCCAAGAGCAGAUGCUACUGGGCGCUUCGGCUAGACGACUGAAGAUAUGUUGCGCCGUGUGCCAGGAGUUCAAUGUAAAGCCAGCCCACAUUAUGCCAAUGACGUCAUUUAUGUGGGUAAGGAGGAAAAGUGAGAGGGUUGUAUUUUCUGAAACUUUUUGAGUCUCCUUUCACACCGGGGACACAUAUAAAAAUACUUUUUUUUUUUUUGCAUGAUAGGUCCCCUUUAAGCUAUUUCCUGCAUCUUUUUCCCCAAAUAAAAUGCAAUAGACUGUGUGCAUGUGUAUAAAUAA